ACACAUCUCUGAUGUAAAUAUAAACAGUGCCGUGUAGUGAUGAUCAUUGUCUCGUGUUUUUUAUUUAAAGACAGAAGUUAAAAAAGUUUCAGCAUGGAUGCUGGGCGUGAAUUACGAGAGGAAGAACUUGGUAUAUCAGAAGAGGAAGAUGACGACGACUGGUUUUAUGACUCAAUAAAGAGGUACAGUGUACUUCAGAUGUUCAAAUUUGAAACACCCAAAUAUCGUCUGUUUUUAUCUGGUGAAAAAAGCAUAUGUGUAUUUGGAAAAGAUAGAAGAGGAAAUGAUGAAGUCAUGGAGCUAAUGCUGCCAAAGUCACUGACUGAAUUGCCUGAUCAGGCAAGAUUAGAGAAAAAUGAUUUGAAACAAAUAAGUGGUGGUUUUACUUCUGCACCAUUAGUAGAUAUGAGAGUUCUGUAUGGAAAGAAAAAGUUUGUUGCCUCCCAAAAAGCUCUAAAUGGGAUAGUCAUGUACCAGAUGGGCUCUGAAAAAUCUGAUUACAUUUCAAUACUGCAGACAAUUAAAUGCAGUCAGUUCGAACCUUUUAUGGCAAUAAAUAAUGAAGAUAAACUUGCCCUAGUUACAACAAACAGAAAAGGUAUUACUUGGAUCGAUCUAACUGUGGGAAAAUCAGUUGGUACAACAGGUUUAACUCCAUGCACUGGAGAAGAAAGUACAGUGAAAGCAGAAUUUGUGUCACGAAACAUAAUUGCAGUUUGUUCAGAAAAUGAAGGUUCAGCAAGUCUGUAUGACACGCGAACUGGUUCCACAGAUGGUCACCUAACAUGUGAUCAUAAAACAGCUGGUGACCAAUGGGUGUUAUCCUCAAAUUACAACUGUGAAAGAGGCAGUGAAAGUGAAAAUCAAGAAUAUGUUGGACUACUUUCAAAUACUGGAAAUAUAACUAUUUUUGAUAUUCGCAAUAAUAGAGCAGCUUUGUGCAAUGACAAUGUUUUUAACAAUAGAAAAAUUAGGACAAGUGUUUGCAAUUCGCAAAUUCAUUUGCGUUUUUCAACUAUAAGUGUGAAUAGCAUAUCUGUGUCAGGCUUUGAUGAUAAUAUUUAUGUAUAUGAACUGCUAAAGACAGGUGGACUCAGUCUUCGCUUUAUGCAUGAUGGGCACAGGAAGACUAGUGUUAGAAAACGCUUCAACACCACAGAUCAUCUGUGGUAUGGGAAAAUCAUUUUAUCUGCUUCAGAAGACAAAUCUUUACAUUGUUGGCAGUUCUCGUGACUACUUCAUGAAAGUAGCUUUUACGUUCUUGGACAUUUUUAUACAACUUGUUUUAAUAAAUAAGAGUUAUUCAAAGUUAA